AUGCCGUCCGGAGGUGACCAGUCGCCGCCGCCCCCGCCUCCCCCUCCGGCGGCGGCAGCCUCGGAUGAGGAGGGGGAGGACGACGGCGAGGCCGAGGACGCCGCGCAGCCUGCCGAGUCGCCGACGCGCGGCGCGGGCCGAGGCCUGGGACAGCUACCGGAGCAUAAGCGAGAGCUACACGCUGGAGCAGGUCACCCGUCCUCGCCUCCUCUGGUGGACACCGUGCAUGGCAAGGUCCUGGGGAAGUACGUCCCCUGCCAUGGCGUCUGUGCUGCCCUCCCCAUCCUGUUCUCUUACAGUACAGGAGACGAACACAGCCAGGGGAACUGGGGUCACUUGGACCAGGUGGCCGCACUGCGCUGGGUGCAGGACAACAUUGCCAACUUUGGAGGGAACCCAGGCUCUGUGACCAUCUUUGGAGAGUCGGCGGGAGGUGAAAGUGUCUCUGUUCUUGUGAUGGUGUGGAUCCACGGAGGUGGUCUCAUGAUGGGCGGGGCCUCAACCUAUGAUGGCCUGGCCCUCUCUGCCGAUGAAAACGUGGUGGUGGUGACCAUUCAGUACCGUCUGGGCAUCUGGGGAUUCUUCAGCUGUGCCGUAGACGCCUCACUCACUGAGAAGCACCGUCCACGCUCAGGAUGGAAAGUUGCCGUCACUGCUGGGUGUAAAACCACCACCUCGGCUGUCAUGGUUCACUGCCUGCGCCAGAAGACAGAGGAGGAGCUCUUGGAGGCCACCCUGAAAAUGAAAUUUUUUGCUGUUGAUUUACUUGGAGACCCCAGAGAGAGUCACCCCUUGAUGCCCACGGUGGUGGAUGGCGUGCUGCUGCCCAAAACCCCCGAAGAGAUUCUGGCCGAGAAGAGUUUCAACACCGUCCCCUACAUCGUCGGCAUCAACAAGCAAGAGUUUGGCUGGAUCCUCCCAACGUUUAUGGGCUAUCCGCUUUCUGAAGGCCAACUGGACCAGAAGACGGCCACGUCACUCUUGUGGAAGUCCUACCCCACUGUCGGCAUCCCUGAGGAGCUGACUUCGGUGGCCAUUGAGGAGUAUUUAGGAGGAACAGAGGACCCUGUCAAAAAGAAAGACCUGUUCCUGGACUUGCUUGGAGAUGUCAUGUUUGGUGUCCCAUCUGUGAUUGUGGCCCGACGCCACAGAGAUGCCGGAGCCCCCACCUACAUGUAUGAGUUUGGGUAUCGCCCAAGCUUCUCAUCAGACAUGAAACCCAAGACGGUGAGAGGGGACCACGCGGAUGAGCUCUUCUCUGUCUUCGGAGCCCCAUUUUUAAAAGGUAAUGGUUCUUGGUGACUGUGAGCCUGGAAU